AUGAGUUCAUCGGACUCUUCGAUUUUCAAAGUUGGGAGUCCGGUGGACUCCUUGCUUGGAACAAUGGCAAGUCCAAAAUCAGAUACAGAUGCAGCUGUGAGCCCUGUGAAAAGUUCCUUACAUUUAGCGGUGGCAGCACAGCUAGACCUUAGCAUGAUGGCACAGUUUGUCCAUAAAUGUAUACAGGAAGAUGACCUCAGUAAACUUAGAGAAAAACUCAUGAAAAGACCAAAAGAAGAGCGUAAGAAGAUAGUGGACGAGAAAGUUUUAGGCAAUACACCUUUGUUUACUGCCAGUUACCGUGGCAAAGUACAUUUUGUCAACUUUCUGUUGAAUGAGUGUGGAGCUGAUGUGGAGAGCAAAGGAAUUUAUGAGGUCGAAGAAGACAGAUCAAAACACCAGGUAACGCCAUUAUGGUGUGCAGCAGUUGCUAACAAAAUAGAAGUAGUCAAAGCUUUAGUGGAACACGGAGCUGAAAUAAAUAGUCCAUCUGAUACAGAAUCUACGCCAGUUCGUUCAGCGUGUUACAUGACAAAUGUUGCAGUGAUCAAAUUCCUCGUCAAUCAUGGUGCCGAUAUACAUAAACCAAACUGUAAUGGGGGCACCUGUUUGAUUAAUGCCAUCCAGGAUGCUGACUUAUGCAAGUUUUUAAUCAAUCAAGGAGCAAACGUGAAUGCGGUUGAUAAUUCGGGAAACUUGGCGCUACAUUACGCUAUACGUGAAGGGAUUGUGGACUCGGUAAAACUUCUGUUACAGCAUAAUUCAGAUUUUAAACUGAAAAAUGACUGGGGUGAUAAUGCACUACAAACGGCUGCUUUGCGAGGCAGUCAGAAUAUCGUGGAAAUCAUCCUAGAUAUGACACCGCAAACAACAGCUGAUGCCAUCCUAGCUUACGAGCUUCUAGGAACUAAUUUUGUUGAUGAGAAAAAUGACAUGGUUGCUGCUUUGACUGUUUGGAAAAAGGCAAUGAGCUUGAGAUAUCUGUUUGUCCGAGAACCAAUUCUUAAGGAAUUGCCCGAAAAAAAGUCAGUCUAUAAGAAUUUCAGUGAACCGCAGACUGUUGAAGAAUUGAACAAUAUAUAUGACCCGGAAGAAAUUCACAUGCUAGCAUUAUUAAUGAGAGAAAGGAUCCUGGGACCGCAGCAUAAAGAUACCACUUUUGGCCUGAUGUAUCGGGGAGCGGUCUAUGCCGACUCACAUAACUUUCAACGAUGCGUAGACUUAUGGAAGUACGCCUACAGUCUGAGAUACCAGAAAGAUGAACCCCUCAAUCAAGAAUGUCUGUUCACAAUUCAGGCACUUGUGAAACUAUUCUGGGAGAUUCAGACGGAAGUCGAAUCUGGUGCAACUGACGACCUUAUUCAGCAGGAAGAUGUUGUGCAAGUGUUUGAAAUUUUGUCAGAUCAAAUAAUUUCUGGGAAAGAAUCUAUAGACACAGACAUGCAGGAAAAAGGUGAGGGAACAGCUUUAUCAGAAAAAGUAUCAGAUAUUCAACUGCUUAUGCAGUUGUACUUGCAUAUGAUACACCUGUUCUCCCGGUCCGAGUGUUCAGAAACAAAUAAAGAGAAGUUCAUGAAGCUGGUGCAUAAAGUUUUAGUAAAAAACCCAUUAGGUAGCCAUGGAGAGACUUUGCUUCAUUUAGCAGUAGAUCCAAAAAUUUCCUUGACAAGUGAAGAAUUUUACUCGCCAUUUCCAUCUUUACAAGUUACUCAGAUUUUGGUAAGUUGCGGAGCAGACAUGAAAGCCCAAAGCAAUGAUGGAAGUACGCCUCUAUUAACUGCUGUCAAAGUGUUGAACUAUUCCGAUCCAACAGAAGAAAGUAUCAUAAAAUUUUUACUACAGGCCGGCUCACAUAUAGACGUGUAUAACAAUAUGGGAGAAAGUCCCUUCGUACUCAUGGAAAGCCAGGGACUGCCAUUCUUCCCUUUGAACUACAUAAAUUUACGGUGUUUGUCCUCAAGAGUGAUAAUGAAAUAUGGAAUACCAUACAAGAAUGAGAUUCCACAAGCCCUUACUGCUUUUGUCGAAAUGCAUGGAAAGUGUAAAGCUGACUUGUGAUGUUGGACUCGUUUAGGAAAGAUAAAAGUAGAUGUAUUCUAAUCAAACAUGGGCUGUGAUGAAACUGUUUAUUGUCCUGGUUUUUGUCAUUUUUUUUAUUUUUGAAACUUUUUAUAUGGCAAUAUUCUGUAUAUGAACUAAAGACAAAUUAGUUUGCUGUCAUUCAGCCGUUACUAGCUAUCAAAAUUAGUUCUUUAAAUUCAAUUUAAAGAGAGGUAACAUGCCACAAUAUCUUGAGGAAGAACGAUUAAUUCAUUAAUGCUGAUUUCUUUUUCUUAUUUCUUCUUGUUAUUCAAUUUACAAUAUUUAUAUUAAUGUUUUUAUUUCCACUUCAGUCAAAAUAUUGGAACAAGUAAUCACUGUUACCUUGAAAAAAGAAAAAAGAAUAUACAUGAAUAAUUCUGUUGCAUUUGGUCAAUAAUAAUAGGUUAUUAGCUUUGUAUUAGGAAAUAUGCAUGAGUUCUGCAGCUGAAAUGAGCCAGGCCAUGAGAAAACCAACAUUGUGGCUUUGCGACCAGCAUGGAUCCAGACCAG